AUGGCAAAGAAAGCCCACUAUGCAACAUGUGAAAAAGCGACAAAACCUGAAGAAGAACUCCUACUAGUGGCAUAUGAGGAGGUAACCCAAUCUGCUCAUAUGGAAUACUGGUUUCUGGACUCAGGCUAUAGCAACCAUAUGGCCAGAAAUAAACUCUGGUUCACAAAAGUUAAGGAAGAGGACUUUAGUAGAACAGUCAAACUCGGGAACAACACUACAAUGAUUAUCGCUGCAGAAGAAAGCAUCCGUGUUCACAUUGAUGGCACUUUUCACACUAUUUUAGAUGUUUAUUAUCUUCCUGAGCUUAAGACUAAUCUCUUAAGCCUAGGACAACUCCAAGAGAAAGGGUUAGCUAUCUUAAUUCAAAAUGAUACAUGUAAAAUUUUUCAUCCCGAGCGAGGUCUGAUUCUUAACACGGACACGAAGGGUAAUAAAAUGUUCCAUUUGUCAGCCUCAAUGCCUCCUCAACACUUUAGGUAUCUCCAAGCUGAGGACAAAUCAGAAAAGGAAAUGCAUUUGUGGCAUAAAUUCUUUGGGCAUCUUCAUUUUCACGGAUUAAGCACUCUUGCAAAUAAGCAAAUGAUGAUUGGGUUACCACCAAUAAAACCUCCUCGAACAAUUUUCACUGCUUAUCUUAUUGGCAAACAACAUAGAGAUCCUAUACCAAAGCAAAUUUCAUGGAGAGCUUCGACAAAGCUUCAGUUGAUUUGCGCCGACAUCUACGGUCAUAUUUCACCAGCUUCACAUAGCAACAAACGGUACACUCGAAGCUUUAUUGAUGAUUACUUACGUAAAGCUUGUAUUUAUUUUUUACAUGAAAACUAUGAGACCUUCGCUAAUUUCAAAAGUUUGAAAGUUUAUGUUGAGAGGGAAGCAAGAGUCUACAUCACCUGUCUCAGAACAAACCGAUGUGGUGAAUUCACAUCCAAAGAAUUUACAUAA